CGCUAUGACAACGCGACGCUGAGGGGAAGGAGGGGAGGCCAUGGCGGCCGUAGGGGGGAAGAGGAGCCGGGGUUUCUACAGAGCUCCGGUGAUGUGGGGACAGGAAGGUCUUGUCCAGGAUUUUGUGAUUGUAAACCUCGAGGGCUUUGCUGAAAAGCUCAGAGUCCUGGAAUCUGACAAUUAGCAGCUGAUUUCACAGGGUCCAUCUCCAGGGCUUGAUGUGAAGACCUGGCUGCUCUGUAAAAAGACUCAGCCAUGGCAGGCAAAACCAAAAAACCCAAGGGUGGCAAAGGCAAAAGCUCCAAAAAGGGUGCAGAUAAGAGUGUGAAAGAAGUGGAUCUCCUCAGCCCAGCUGCCAUGCUCAACGCUUACUACAUCUCUCACAAUGCCGCUGCCUUCCUGGAAUUCCGGGGCCAUCCCUGGCCUGGCUCUCUCAAAAAGAAGGGGAAGAAAAAGAAGUGAGAACCAAACUCCCUGGUGAACGCUCUCUGCUGUGAUUAAACCCACCCUGACCUCGGCA